AUGUCAUUCAUCACCCUACCCCCGGAGUUACUUAUUAAUAUUGGCGAUCAUCUUGCCCGAAAGGAGGACGUCGGCGCUCUAGCCCAGACCAACCGCCACUUGCAGCAAGUGUACGAACCGCUACUCUAUGGACGCGGAAAGCAAGACACGGCGACGGCUGACUUGCGCAUGAACAUCUCUCGCUGGGCCAGCUCUCAUGACAAAGUGGAGAUACUCAACAAACUCGUCAAAUAUGGAGCCACCUUUCCGACUAAUGAAUCCGAGGCUAAACAGCUGAGGUGGCCCACUAUGAAAUACCACCCGGUUUUUGUGGCCGCCAGGAAGGGCCAUCUUGAGAUCGUCAAAUUCUUUCUCAACCGAGGUUUUGAGGUUGAAUGCAGGGACUCUAAGGGCUGUUCGCUAUUUCAUCUGGCCGCGACCCAUAACCAUAAACCCAUCGUUGAUGAGCUGAUUGCAAGAAAGGCGAAUCAAGAUUCCUCGAAUGAUGAUGGUCUGACAGUCUUCGAUCUUGCCGACCAAAGGAAUAUGAGUGCUGUCAUGCCAGCCCUGCUCGAGAAGGGAUACGACUCGAACUGGAAUCAUUCUUUGCAUCAUCGAUUGUGUCAAGCAGUGUUUCAUAGAGAUGCAGACAGCGUUUCAUUUCUACUGGCUAACGGGGUUUCGGCCAAUGAUCAUUGUUCUUACGAUAGUUGCAAGCUGAGCUUGGCUGUUUUCCAGAGCAACUGGGAAAUAUGCGAGCUUCUGUGUGACUACGGUGCUAUUCUAUACGGCAGCCUUCCUCGUGGUAGCUUUCCUCAAUGGGGUUUGUCUCCUUGUAAAGAGGACAGUCAUGAAGCCAAAGAAAGAUAUCCUUUCGUCAUUCAGACUGUCUACCAUGGACAUAGAGCAUUUCAUGAGAUGUGGGACGCCUGUGAUCGAUGCUUUGCCCUUUCCAAGUAUCGACACAACGACCGUAGCCUGUCCAGGACAGCUGAUGGCUUCAACCUGUUCAGCACAGCUGUUGGCUUCAACACCCUCCUCUGUGCAGCAUAUCUUGGGAAGGAUGGCAUUGCGCAGGGCUUUUUGGACAGGUUCCCUGAAUUAGAACAUAGCGUCCCCGACGCAAUGGUCAUCGCGGCCUUUAGCCAUCACAAUGGCGCGAUGAGCUAUUUCCUCUCCAAGGGGGCUGAUCCCGACUACACACUGGACGGGGCAGUGACAGCCCUAUCGCAUGCAGGUUACCAUGGAUGGGUGAGCCAGGUUCAGCUGCUCCUUUCCGCCGGCGCAAGUAUCACCUUGAGAGACACUGCUGGCAAGACUGCCAUAUGGUACGCUGUUCAGGCGCGCCGGACAAAGGUGUUGGCGUUAUAUCGAGAGCAUUCGCCAGCAGACUUUGACGCUUACGAAAACAAGAUGGGCUUGAAACGCGAUAAGAACAAUAAUGUUCAAGAUGCCGGCUACUGCAAGACCUGUUCAUCUUGGUGGGAUGAUAAUCUCAAUAUCUGUAUGUGGUGGGAGUAUGCUAAAAGGGCAGAUGCCGUUGCUAGAAGACACAGCGGUCGGCGGACCGGUAUACAUGACUAUGACUCGGGGUGUCUGGUCCAGUGA